AUGAGAGAGAUCCUUCAUGUUCAAGCCGGACAAUGCGGAAACCAGAUCGGCGGCAAGUUUUGGGAGGUCGUGUGCGACGAACACGGCAUCGACGCCACCGGAAAAUACGUCGGAGAUACCCAUGUUCAACUAGAGAGGGUGAAUGUGUACUAUAAUGAGGCUAGUGGUGGAAGAUAUGUACCUAGAGCUGUAUUGGUUGACUUAGAGCCCGGUACGAUGGACAGUCUCCGUACCGGGCCCUACGGCAACAUUUUUCGGCCAGAUAAUUUUAUUUUCGGCCAAAAUGGUGCCGGAAAUAACUGGGCUAAAGGGCAUUACACCGAAGGUGCCGAGUUAAUUGACUCGGUUCUUGACGUUGUUCGUAAAGAGGCCGAGAAUUGUGAUUGUUUGCAAGGUUUUCAAAUAUGUCACUCGCUUGGAGGGGGGACCGGAUCGGGCAUGGGGACCCUUUUGAUAUCGAAGAUCCGGGAAGAGUAUCCGGAUCGGAUGAUGUUGACUUUUUCGGUAUUUCCGUCACCGAAGGUGUCGGAUACGGUGGUUGAGCCGUACAAUGCCACCCUAUCCGUCCACCAACUCGUCGAAAAUGCUGAUGAGUGCAUGGUUCUUGAUAACGAGGCGUUGUAUGAUAUAUGUUUCCGUACGCUCAAGCUUACGAACCCCAGUUUUGGCGACUUAAACCACUUGAUCUCGACGACGAUGAGCGGUGUCACAUGUUGCCUCCGGUUUCCCGGCCAACUCAACUCCGAUCUCCGCAAACUCGCUGUGAAUCUUAUCCCGUUCCCCCGCCUCCACUUCUUUAUGGUCGGAUUUGCACCGUUGACCUCCCGAGGAUCCCAACAAUACCGAGCACUAACGAUCCCGGAGCUCACCCAACAAAUGUGGGACGCCAAGAACAUGAUGUGUGCUGCCGACCCCCGCCACGGCCGUUACCUGACCGCCUCCGCCAUGUUCCGAGGCAAAAUGUCCACCAAAGAAGUCGACGAACAAAUGAUCAACGUACAAAACAAGAACUCUUCGUAUUUCGUCGAGUGGAUCCCGAACAACGUGAAGUCGAGCGUCUGUGACAUCCCGCCCACCGGGCUGUCGAUGUCGUCAACGUUCAUGGGGAAUUCGACGUCGAUUCAGGAGAUGUUCCGGCGGGUUUCCGAGCAGUUUACGGUGAUGUUUAGGAGGAAGGCUUUCUUGCAUUGGUACACCGGCGAAGGGAUGGACGAGAUGGAGUUCACCGAGGCCGAAAGUAACAUGAACGAUCUGGUUUCGGAAUACCAACAGUAUCAAGAUGCAGUCACUGAUGAGGUUGAAGAAGAUGAAUAUGAUGAAGUUGAAGAAAAUUAAGUCAAUAAAAGUCAACGAAAGUCAAAGGGUGUGUAAUGUUUGUUUGUGUGUGUAUUUUACACAUCCUCAUGGUGUGUAUGUAUCUCAAUUCUCAAACCAUAUUCUGCAAUGUUCUUCUUGUGAAACAUGAUUUUGAUUGGUAAAAUGAAACAAAGUAUGUGUUAAUUUCAA